AUUUAGUAAAUAAUUGGAUAUUUAUCGUCAUAUAAGUUCGCAUGUUGACAUUAAAAAGAAUAAAAGUAGAAGUUAAGCAAAUUUGUUUAAAUAAUUGUAGGCUAUGGCAUCGUCCGAAGAACAUGAUAACAAAAUGGUGGAAGUACUAAAUAAUCAGUUUGAGAAGCUGCGAGAAGCAAUGGAUGAAAUGUUCGAAAUGAAAGCUAACGGGCUUAAUGUUGAGGGGAAAAGAUCUUCUGCUGCUUUGUUGUUUGUAGCUCUGAAGCAUUCAAAUCGAGAGGUCAAACGAAGUAUAAAAGCCGGACGAGAUGAAUUGCAUAUGGAGAAGUCCAAGGUGGACCUAAGUCGACUCCAGUUGCAAAAUUUGUUGUAUGAAGUUAGUCAUUUGAAAAAAGAAAUUAUUCGUUGCAAGAACUUCGGCGCAAAGUUCAAUUUGGAGCUACUCUCUGAUGAAGAGUAUUCUAUUAAGUUUCCAAACACCCCCAAAGAACAACCUGAAAUGUCUAGCCAUAAAAAGCAUCUACACCGCUUGGAGUGCGAGUUAAAAUUACGAAAGGCUCUUGAUUCCCAAUACAACAUCUUGUUGUCAUCCAAGCAGGAACUUUUGCAGGACAACCUCAGCCAGGCCCAGAGGUACACAUCGUUUGCUCCUGCACUACGCACGUUGAUGGAAUCCACUAAACCAUUGCACGAUGCUUUGCAGCUGUCUCUGGAUGUUGAAUGGAAACUUGGGACAGUUGUUAAAUAUCUUCCCAAGCCUUUAUAUUUGCUUUUCAUCAACAUGCAAUCCCUCCAACGUGUCCUCGAUGACUCUUCAUUUAAAGCUGAAGUAGUCGGAUUUGAAAGUGAUGCUCAAAUGCAAGAAUUGUUAAUGGCAAAAGAGCGGGCAUCCAAACAGUCGACGAGCGGGGGAGAGCGGCGUCAUUUUUUAGACGAAAAUAAUUCAUCUGAAAGUUCGAUGGAGAACUUGCAAAACCGAAGUCUGGAACCUCAUCCUUUGCAUAUAAAAGUCAUUAUUGGAAGCGCAGAUAGUCCCUAUCAUUUAUUGCUAAUAAUACGGUAUUGGGGACGACUUAAAUGUACAACGGUGCGUGCAGAGUUUUGUUGCUCGAGCAACAAUAAUCAUCAGGGUGAUGCCAAUUUUGUACAGGACCUCCUUAGACACUUAUAUCCAAAUGAUUUGGGUGAUGAGAUUCCAAUCUCAGGAAUAGAUUAUGAGUUACAGAAUUUAAACAUGACGUCGGAGGAUUGUAUGGAUUUCUUGAUAAAGAAUGAUUUCGGCUAUCCUUAUUGUUGGUUACAAAGUAUGUGCUCAAUACCAACAGUCAAUAAGUCGAAACUUUAUAAACAUGAACUAAAUUUGCACAAUUGUACCCGUGAGGUUAUAACACGUAUAAGGAGUCGUUGGAACUCGUGGCUAAAACUAACUCAACAAAUACGAGGCCUAACAUAUAAAGACAUUGACCUCUACUCUUUGAAAGAAAAUAUCUACCCGGCUGGGUUGGCAUGUAGCCUUGUCCAAUGCACGGCAAUCACUUUAGAUGAAUUCCACCAUCAGAAUGCUGAUGCAAUAAAUUAUAUGUCUGAUACAAAGUGCAUCACAUAUAGUACAUAUCGUGCUGUAGUAGUACGUGGCUCUGCCAAAAUGGAGUGCUUUAUUCAGAUACCCAGUAAUUACCCUAUGGAAAUGCCAAUUUGGGUAUUGAGCAUACAUUGGAACGGAUGUCAUACCUCAAAAAAUAACUCGGCAAUUAAGAUGAUGGAAUGUUGGACUAAUUCGCUUCAACCCAAACAUUUGGAUCCUAAUGAUAAUUUCCUUUACGUCCAACUUUUCCGCACAAUAUAUAGUUUUGAUAUAUUCCUUGAAACAGAGGGAUCUAUGCAAAGCAAUAUUGAAUACAACAAGGAGAAGCCCUAUAUUAGCGCGUUUGCCAAACGUAUUCGGCUGCGUCCAUAUAGGUACAUCAAAAAAGGCUCUGUCUACGCAUUUAAGCAAUAGCACCCAAAAACAAAUAAUACAACUAUGGUUCUUCCUUUAACAAGACUGGCCAUAUUAACAGAAACGCAGAGUGGAUUUAAUUAUGCGAAUCUAAUAAAUAAAUUAAUUAUUAUUACUAA